AUGGAGGAAUGGACAUCACCUUUACAUGUUUCCACCGCCGAAACUGAUACCGAGAACGAUAGCGAAGUGGGACGACGAGAAUCGGACUUCGUCAACACUGGUGUUCCCAUUGUGGUCCGCCGCACCUUGGUUCCCACUGAUCAAGGAACAAGAGAGUCGACUAGACCAGAUGAUAAUAGAGAUAGGAACCUUCUCGAAUUGUUUGAAAGCUGCGUCGAUCAGACAGAUACCGAGUCACCUACAGGACAAAUGGAAAUUAGCUUACCUGCGACUUUCAGAGAAGUUAUUUCUGUACAGAGACAUAUGAGGAAGAGUUGUCUGUUACAUAGCUCAUGGUCUUCCUCAACUUUAGAUUGUUACUAUAGAGCGUGGAGUAUUAUAGGAUAUGUUCCCGAUGGAGGAGUUGAACUUGGACCCAUCAACCAUAAUACUUUUAUAGCAAGAAGACAAAAGGAUGGAGAGAGAUCUGAGUUCAAGUCGAGGAUAUGGUUUAGAGAUGGAAGGGCAUGGAUCUAUGAAGUACCCUCAAUGGCGCAUUCAUGCACUGUCAAUGCGAUCAAGGAUAUGAUAUGGGUUCAAACAUUCCCAAACCAACAUUUGUUGCACACCGGAGGAGCUGCGACAUUGAUCCUCCAACCAGGACAUGCAAAUGCUGAGCCAGACCAAUCUUUGCGACCUCUUCGACCCAAAGUCCACAACAAUCAUUCGGCAGAUGGUCAUGGAAAUCCUUACCCAACAUUGGUCAUCGAAGCAGCCAAGUCUCAAUCACUUCCAGUGUUACAUCAAAAGUGCCUCGACUAUUUCAUGGAUCGUGUUGCUGCUGUGCUUCCUGCUCCUGGUGUCCCUGCGGUGGCUGCAAUACCAAGCACAAUCAGGAUCGUUAUUGGUGUCAAGAUCUAUCCCAGAAACAAUGGAGACUUUGCGAUGCUUGUUUUGUACUAUCAGAAUGGUGCAGCAGCAAAUCCUGUCAGGAUCAUCUCUUGUGGAACGACACAUUUGGAUGUCACCAAUACAAUCCAAAGACACUUGCCUCCCAUAUCUCCACCUGGAUAUGCUGCUCCUCAAGGCUAUGAAGGUGUCAUGCCUCCAGUUGGGACUCCUCCACCUGUAGCCAAUCCAGCCAAUCCCCUCAACCUUCAAAAUCCUUGUAAUGCACUUGGUCUUCCACUUUACCAACUCCAGAUACCAACUGUUGAACUGUUCAAUGGAGCACCACCUUUGCCACCAGGUGUCAUUAUUCCUCCAUUCUACGCUAGUUGGAAUAGUACGACCGGUGAGAGUUCAAUAACAGAAUUAGUUCUAUUGCUAAUGUUGUUCAUUAAUAUAUUAAUGUUGUUGGUCUUUUAUUGUUAA